AGUCCCCCUCCCCGUCUCAUCUCAUCUGUCGUCGUCACUAUAGCCACGAUUUUGAACCACAACACAAGUAGCUAUUAAUCAAUCAACCUUCGUUUUACUACGCACCAUAGGAAUCUCACAGCCGCCAGAAUGAGUACGUACGUCGAAGUCACUCUGAGUUGGCUCCUCAAGAACUCCCGCGCCCACGACGCCAAGUCCUUUUACACGUCCCCCGCCUUCGCCUCUCACACAGAACAGACCAUCACCGUCACAUCGCCAGACUGCGGUGCAUCUCCGGCUACCUUAGGCCCGGAGUACAUCACAGAGGGCGGCGGCCGUAUCCCCGCGCUCUCAUGGUCCGCGCCGCUGGACCUCGAGUCAAAGGUGAAGGAAUGGCUCAUCGUCGUUGAGGAUCCGGAUGCGCCGCUGCCGACGCCCAUCUGCCAUGGCGUCUAUGGCGGAAUCGCGCCUGAAAAGAAACAGGUGAACCCAAAAGACUUUGAGAUUGAAGACGAGAGCAAAUCUCUCUUGAAAGGAGGUUUCCAUUGGGGCAAGGGACGUAGGGAGGGCGUGUAUGUUCCUCCACGGCCUCUCAUGAAUCACGGCACCCACAGAUACUUCUUCCAAGUUGUGGCUCUGAGCGAGCCGUUGGACAAGACGAUGCUGGAAGCUCGGGCUACGAAGGAACAGGUCGCCGAAGCCAUUCAGGGCAAGGUUCUAGGUUGGGGAAUGUGGGUUGGAAGCUGUGAGAGGAAGUGGACAUGAUGUUGAAGAUGAAAAUUUCUAAUGUUUGGUGCCAUCUCUACGAUGAUUAUGAAGUGUCUCAUGGGGUACAUUCAGAUA